UCGCUGUCGGAGAAUGUCAAAUGCUGCUGUUCAAUAAGAAUACUACUACAACUUGCUAUGUAAAAUUACAAUUUCGUAAAAAUUUAGUGAAAUUUAAUAUAAUUGUAUACAUCGAUGAAUAGUAUUAGUAAAUAAAUGUCGAGAGAGGAAUCUCUUUGCAAGGAAAUAUUGUGCUUUUGUAAAUAACCGGUGGUAUUCUCUGGCAAUUGGCUGAGUUAAAACAAAGACCACAGCGAGGCGGCCACUAUACCCUAUACACCAAAAAAACCCAAAGAAAAAAGAACAAGCGUUGAAGAAGUACCCCUAAGGAGGGGGGACCAACACAAGACCAUAGAGGACAACAGAAACGUUAACCAGCCUCAAACUCACAACAAGGCUAUUUUAAGACAAUGGAUGAGACGAAGGUUAAGGAUCAAUGCCAAGCAGCAACCUGCCAAAAUGACAAGGUCAAUGAGACGAUUCACAAACAACAUCAUGACAUCAAUGAGGAUGAUGGUGGUGGUAGUGAUGGUGAUGGUGUAGAAACUUGUAUAGAGUCUGCAGUAGACCACAAUUGUAGCCGGACCGAAUAUCAUGUAAAUAUGCUGCCCGAUGAAAUGUUGGAAUUUAUUUUGAGCUACCUACCGCCAUAUAAGGAUUUGGAAAAUUGCAGUUUAGUUUGUAAAAGAUGGAAUGACAUUGUUAAAAAUCUAAUAAGGCGCUCCAAGAUCAAUCUACACAAGGGUCUGGUUGAUUAUCGUCUAAGCUGGCAGGUGUACUCACAACAAACAGCCGCUGCUGGUGAAGGAAAAAAUAUUACUACAUGUGCCAGCCCUACUACUCCAAUUAUAGCAGGCCGAUUUUCGCAUUCCGCUGUACGUCAUGGAAAUUCCAUGUAUGUGUUUGGGGGAGGCAGCUCGUCUGAUACUACCUUCAAUGAUUUAUGGCGGUUUGAUUUGUCGGAGAUGCGUUGGGAACGACCAUUAUCCAUGGGGUCGUAUCCCUCACCCAAAGGCAGUGCCUCUAUGGUGUAUUGGCGAGAACAAUUGAUAUUAUUCGGUGGCUGGAGGUAUCCCUCGCUGCAUCCUCCGUACCAGCAAUGGUGUCUGUUUGAUGAGUUGCACUACUACGAUUUGGUGUCGAAUCGAUGGUCGGUAGCGUUAACAAUGGCCAGUCCCCCACCUUUGGCGGGGCAUUCAGCAAGUGUGCAUGGCGAUAUAAUGGUUAUUUUCGGUGGCUAUCAGAUUAUAGAUGGUGUCAAUUCAAAUUCCAAUGAGACUUGGUGCCUGGAUUUGCACGAGCAUCGUUGGUGGCAGCCUUCAUUUUUAGGCACUCUUAGACCUCCUGCACGUUAUGGACAAUUUCAGUUGGUUUUGGAUGAACAUCAUCUGUUGAUUGUGGGUGGUUGUGGCGGACCCAAUAGUGUAUAUUCGGAUGCCUGGCUGCUGGAUAUGUCUAGAGAUUUGUGGCAAUGGAAAUUAAUACCGGUGCGCAAUAAGAAAUAUGCCGCUUCUCACAUGUGGUGUAAUCCACACUCCAAAGUUGACUCGAAAUUGGUGGUGCUGGGUCCCACACCAAAUAUGCCGCAAGAUUUCCAAUUAAUGAAACAAGCACGUGUGCCAGUGGGAGGAGGGCAUGCAGCCCCAAGACAGCCAGGAUUGGGGCAAAAUAACCACAACAAUCCUCUAGAAAGGCAUAGACCAAGGGCUAUGGUCGGCGGCGCGGCGGGGGGAAAUGCUGGACAGCCAAAUGCCGCCAUUAGAAUACCUGCUCUCAACCAUAAUCGUGCGGAGGAUAACCAUAGGCGGCGUGGAAACGUGGCUAAUGGCGGCCAUGUGCCACGAGAUGGCCCAGACGAUCACUAUUUUGCCCAGAGAAGAGCCAUUCUCAACCAACAUCAACAGAAUGCAAAUAAUAACAACUUCGUCAACAAUCAGAAUCACAUUAAUAAUGUCCAACAACCACGAUACGGAAGUUUGAGAGAUUUGCAUGCACCGCCGCCCCAGGAGGAAAGAAACCAGAAUAGGCCCUCAACUUCAGGGGGCUCAUCGCCCCGCCUCAAUGGAGCAGCACCGCCCCAUGACAAUGAAGCCGCCAGCCGUUUGCAACGAAAUCUUGCUCUAAGGUGUCGAGAAAAUGAGCCAUUACUGCCUAAACGUUUUGAUGAACUCUACGAGGAUCCAUUCCGCAUGGCUGCCUUUAAUGUACAAAACCGUCCACGAUCCCUUUCCAAGGAUCACAAUGAGCGCAUUCGCCGCAUGGAGGAGAAAAUGAAUGCCCUGCGUAAUUCAAGGCGUAGCGCCAUGAUUGAACAGAAAUCUGUUAAAGAGCCGUCGCCCAAACGGGUCAAACGAAAUGUUCUGUCGCUGUUUGUAUGUGAUCUAUCGAAUGCCUUAUCAGAAACAGAACCAUAUUUAGAAUGGUUAGAAUAUAAGAAUUAUGGCGUUAUACCCGGUGCUCCCGAGCGUCUUAUAUUGUCCACAAUGGUGCCUGGACAUGGGGAGCUAAUACUGUUUGGCGGCGUGCACAAAGAAACACUGAGCGAGAUCACUCACCAAGUUUCAAAUACCGUGCAUUUUCUGAGUGCUCCCAGGGAUAUAGUCUAAUUGCUUUGGAUCGAUUUCUUUCCCCGUUCUUUGUGUAUGACCAUUUUUUGUGUAUUACUAAAAUUGAUCUCCGUUGAUUAUUUCUUUGUCCUGGGAGCUGCAGGUGGCAGUGGAUAGGUGUUGGUGUGGCACAUUACACAUUUUUCAUGUUACCACUCUGAUGCGUCCGUCUACAAAUGCAAUAAGCUUGUUAUUAAUGCACACACACACACACAUGCUUGAAUUUUGCUAAAUUAAGCUGUAUAAUUAUAUUAACACAUUAUAUAUAUAUGUAUACAUAUAUUUUACAUUGUAUUAAUUUCUAAGGCAACAUCGUAUUCUAUAACAAACAAACCACAACAACAAAAGAAUUUCCCAUAACAAAAUACCGAGUAUUUGUUAGAAUCUUGAAAAUCCAAAAUGUUUCUGCUUUCACCUUAAACUUACUAUGUUAUAUGAUGACUAGAAAUAAAGGAAGCUGCCAUGUAGCACGCGCUAUUAUAAAUUGUA